AUGUGUUCCAGCGACCUUUUCCUGUGCGUCCUGGCCAUCCUCUUCCCGCCUCUACCUGUCUGGGUGAAGCGCGGCAUCUGCAGCGCAGACUCCAUCAUCAACAUCCUCCUCCUCAUCCUCGGCUUCAUCCCGGGUCUCAUCCACGCCUGGUACAUCAUCGCCAAGUUCCCUGACCCUGAGUACGACUACGACCCCGUGCCCCAGGACGCCGAGGGCGGCCGCGUCCGCUACAUCGUCAUCGACCGCCACCACUGCCAGCACACCAACAAGUCCCAGGGAAGCCGCCCGGCCCCGAACAACAACGUCAACUACGGCACUGCCAGCGCGCCCCAGCAGCAGCAGCAGCAGCAGCCCGCCGCCGCCCACCCGCCUCAGCAGCAGGGUCUCGCGGACGCAGCCGAGGGGAGCAGCUCGAACAAUCAGGGCGUUCCCCCCUCAUAUGCCGAGGUGGUUGCUGGCGACAACAAGGUCCAGAGCCACGACUAG